CCACCUUUUACUUUUAGUAUAUACUCUUUAUUUAUUUCUUUGGUCUUCGACCUUUACUCCUUUUGUCAAGUCAGACCCAGGCUUCUCCGUCUCCUCCACCUCAACCGCCACCAAAAAGGUUCAAUUUGACAAGUGGUAAUUUUGAGUAAAAUGGGUGGAAAUAGUUCAAAGUCCGAAUAUUGGAGGUCAACAUCUUCAUCAACCCAAUGGAAUCAGUAUGAGAAUCAACCAGCAGGAUAUUCAGCACCAUAUUAUGCACCUCCUGAGAGUCAAUUUCAACACUAUAAUACCCAACAACCUUACCCACCAGCGGCUGCGCCGACUUCGACUUCGUCGUCGAGCUAUGGUGGUGCUGGUCCGACCCAUGAACAUAAAAAGAGGUUUGAGAGGAUGUACUCUAGGAUUGCUGAUGAGUACAAAUCAUUAGAUGAGGUGACUCAAGCAUUGGCUCGUGCUGGCCUUGAGUCCUCUAAUCUCAUUGUGGGUAUUGAUUUUACAAAAAGCAAUGAGUGGACAGGUAAAAGGUCAUUCAACAACCAAAGUUUGCAUCAUACUGGCAGUGGACUAAAUCCUUAUGAACAAGCAAUAUCUAUAAUAGGAAAGACACUGGCUGCUUUCGAUGAUGAUAAUUUAAUUCCAUGUUAUGGAUUUGGAGAUGCAUCAACACACGAUCAAGAUGUCUUUAGUUUCUACUCGGAUGAUAGAGCUUGUAAUGGAUUUGAGGAAGUCUUAUCCCGGUACAGAGAAAUUGUUCCUCAUUUACGACUUGCAGGACCUACGUCGUUUGCUCCUGUAAUUGAGAUGGCCAUGACAAUUGUUGAGCAGAGUGGAGGACAAUACCAUGUUUUAUUGAUAAUUGCAGAUGGGCAGGUUACUAGGAGUAUUGAUAUGGAGCGUGGUAGACUAAGUCCGCAGGAGCAGAAGACAGUUGAUGCGAUUGUGAAAGCAAGCAAAUAUCCUCUUUCAAUUGUUGUUGUUGGGGUGGGGGACGGACCUUGGGACAUGAUGAAAGAAUUUGAUGAUAACAUACCUGCAAGGGAUUUUGAUAACUUUCAGUUUGUGAAUUUCACUGAAAUAAUGGCAAAGAAUACCCAUCAAACUCGAAAGGAAACAGAAUUUGCUCUAUCAGCACUGAUGGAGAUUCCUUCUCAGUAUAAAGCAACAAUGGAGCUUAAUCUAUUGGGUAGGCGUAGAGGAGCAUCUCCAGAAAGAGUCCCUCUACCUCCACCUUUGCAGAAUGCACGAUCAUUUGGCAAUGCAUCAUCUUUCAACUAUCAAAAACCUUCUCCUUUGACAAGCUUUCAAUCAAGUGCACCUGCCUAUUACGACACCCCUAGCCAUGUUGGUACAGCUCCACCUGCUCCUAAUUCUUCCUACGAUACAAGCCCACCUGCUGCGAGCUCUGCAUAUGACAAUCUGUUGUGCCCUAUUUGCUUUACUAAUAACAAGGACAUGGCUUUUGGCUGUGGACACCAGACAUGCGCUGAAUGUGGGCAAGAUCUUUUGAAUUGUCCGAUCUGUCGCAGCUCAAUACAAACAAGGAUCAAGCUCUACUAAUGUCUUCAUUGUGUGUGAAUAUUGUGGUCAUUUGUUCAUUACUGGUUAAAAUUCUUUCAUUUCUUUAAUUUACUUGAUUCAAAUUUAUGGUGAUCUUGUAUGGUUUCUGAUUUGGGUGAACUCGGCUUGGGAGUUGUAAAUUCCUUGUCACUGUAAAUAAAAAUACCUAGUGAAUAAGUAUCAUGACUUGGGGGGAAAAAGCUUGAUCUUUUUAAGUUUUAUUUUAAAACCGGUCAUUGACGGGUCCAUUUCCUUAGUCCUAUACAUGUAAUGUGAGCUUAGAACUAUUAGAAGGAAUGUUUUUUUUAAUCAGAAAGAUACAUGGGUGUAAAGGUCACCUAUUUCAAGGAUAGUA